AGCUUUGGAAACAACAACCCAACGCUUCACCACUUCGCGAGUCACCAUUCACGAACACAACGCCGCCGUGGAAUAACACAAUGUGAACUUCCAUUCAAAGUCCUCAAAGACAGACUCACGACCUUUUGCAAAGCCACACUGCCCAUCCCCUCCAACACCCUAAUCCUACCCCCAACCCCACCAUCAACCUUACAUACCCAAUCCAUCAACCUCAAAAAUACCACAAACCCCCAUACAAUGACCCGCAACAAACCCCGCCUAGCCCUCGCCCUCUACGCCCGCCCCAAGCACCCAACAACCUACCACUACGCCCUCCUCCUCAUUCCCAAACCCACCCCCAACUCCCCCUUCACCCCCGCAGCGACAAAAUACCACGUCAAGAACACUCUGCAAGUGCUCCCCGGCGACUCGUCCUUCUCGCAGCCCUGGCGCUUUGAGCGAGACGAAUUGGACGACGUGAGCCGUGAUCCUCGGUUGUUGGUCUGCGUGGUUGUCGCGAAGGUUUUGAAGGUGGGUAGGCUGGAGGAGGUGGUUAAGGGGGUAUCGGUUGAUGGGGAUGGGGGGUUUUCGUGCAGGUCGUGGGUGAGGGAUGUGAUUGGGGGUUUGAGGAGGGGAGAGGGCGUGGUUAGGGGGUUGGGGGAGUGGGAGGAGGUUGAUGGGAAGGCGAGGGAGUAUGUGGAGAGGAAGAAGGAGGAGGGGAGGUGGGAUGGGGGUGGGAAAGGGGAGAUUGGGGUGCCGGUGUUGUGUUUGGUUAGUGGGGAGGAGGUUGUGAGGUGAUAUAGAAUGGUUUAGAUCGAGGUUGAGGUGAUGGUGAUGCAGUGGUUGGGUAGGGUUAUGGUCAUUUUGGGUAGUUUUGUGAUUGGUGGUGGAGAUGACAUGGUCUUUCUGCACUUUAGAUGCGUUUUGGCAUGUCUGCCGAACUCUUUGAUUUGAUUUUACUUAUUGUACAUUUCCUUUGUUUUACAUAUACCAAUAUUUACAAGAAGAAGACU